AUGGCCACGACCGGCUCGCACAAGAGCAAGCGCCGCCACACUGAACCCACCCAAUCGAACGAUCAUGCCGCCCGUCGUGCCAAAAAGGAGGUGCUGCAAGAUGCACAUGCCUUUAAUCAAGAACGCUUCCGAUUUUACUCGGCCGAGGCUGACCCAUAUCGGCCCAAUCACUGGCGCCUCUGUGGCUAUGAUCGGCCUCUGGCGCUGAGUGAGCAAGAUAAAGCGCAGCAACUGACCCUCCUUGAUGACAACGCCGUACUUGUGGGGUCCAAGGGCUACUGUUCGGCGCGGGCCGGAUUGGGCGUUGCGCACGGGUGCUGGUACUGGGAGGUCGAGGUCUUGCCCCGAGCCACGCCCCUGGCGCCCAAUUAUCCCGAAGGCCAUGUCCGCGUGGGCUGGUCUCAGGGCGGAUGUACGUGCUCCGACGCCCCUGCUCUUGUGCACAAAACAUCCGACAUUCGUUUCCAUCUCACCCGUCGUAUCUUUUGGCACUGCACAUGCUUGGCUUUGGGCUGCGGUCUCAUAGGCGAUGUGCAGUACCCAUGUGGCUUUGAUGGUCUUUCAUUCUCAUGGCGAGACAAGGAUGGUGCCUGCUUUCAUCGGGGGCGUGGCGACAAAACCCGUCUUGGGGAGCAAGGCGCGUUUGGGCCUGGCGAUGUGCUCGGCUUGGCCAUUGAGCUGCCCGGCCAAGAAUCGCUGUUGGAUCUCUCUCCCGCGCCUCCAGAAGCAGAGGCCGUGGACCUCAAGGGCCUGGCCUAUCUCGAGACGACCCUAGUCACGCGCGUCGAUGAGGUUUGCGUGGGUUCGCGGAUGAUGUGCUACAAGAAUGGUCAGCUAUUGGGUAGCAUGGCCCUUGACGUACCCAAAGGGCGAUACUAUCCAACCGUUUCACUCUAUUUCAAUAGCCAGGUGCGCGUCAAUUUUGGGCCCAAGCUGCGCUACCCGCCUACCGAUGGGCGCUUUCGACCACUUGCCGAGUUUGUGCCGCGCUACAAUGCCGGGUUGGCCCUUUUCGAUGCCGUUCAAGAGGCUGUCAACCGAGUGGACCAAACAGCAUCGACGGCUGCAGCGCCCACGCCUGUGCCUGCUCGACCCGCUCCAUUGACCAAACCAGCAUGA